AUGGAAGGGAGAGGACCGUACCGGAUCUACGACCCUGGGGGCAGCGUCCCUCCGGGAGAGGCGUCCACAGCUUUUGAGCGCCUAGUGGAGGAGAAUUCCCGACUAAAGGAAAAAAUGCAAGGGAUAAAGAUGUUAGGGGAGCUUUUGGAAGAGUCCCAGAUGGAAGCAUCCAGGCUGCGGCAGAAGGCAGAAGCGCUGGUCCAGGACAGUGAGCUGGUCAAGGACAGGCAGCCGCUCCCACCACCAUCUCCCAUUUUGACUUCCUUCGAUCACCUGCCUGAGCUCACAGGUCCAAGGGCAUCAGGAAAGGAUGCAAAUGUCCCAGCACCCCCUGCAGACCCUGCACCCUCCAGUGACAAGCCAGAGCCAGUCCAAAAACCUCCAUCCAGUGGCACUUCCUCUGAAUUUGAAGUGGUUCCCGCCGAGGAGCAGAAUUCUCCACCAGAGAGCGGCGGCCAAACCAGAAACAUGAUGGAGCUGGGUCCCCUGCCCCACGAGGACAGCAACCUGAUGCUGCACCUGCAGCGCCUGGAGACCACCCUGAGCGUGUGCGCGGAGGAGCCGGACCACAGCCAGCUCUACACCCACCUGGGCCGCAUGGCCCUCGAGUUCAACCGGCUGGCCUCCAAGGUGCACAAGAAUGAGCAGCGCACCUCCAUCCUGCAGACCCUGUGUGAGCAGCUUCGGAAGGAGAAUGAGACCCUGAAGGCCAAACUGGACAAGGGCCUGGAACAACGGGAUCAGGCUGCUGAGAGGCUGAGGGAGGAAAACAUGGAGCUCAAGAAGUUGUUGAUGACCAGCGGAAAAGAUGGUGUUUGCGGGCGGCCAGGCUCACCCAAGACGGAAGGCGCAGGCAAGAAGGGGGUAGCUGGACAGCUGCAGGCUAGUGCAACAGCAAGUAAGACCCCAGAGGCGGGAGCCUUGGGUGCAGCUGAGAAGAAGGUGAAGAUGCUGGAGCAGCAGCGCGCAGAACUGCUUGAAGUGAACAAACAGUGGGACCACCAUUUCCGGUCUAUGAAGCAGCAGUACGAGCAGAAGAUCACUGAGCUGCGCCAGAAGCUGGCGGACCUGCAGAAGCAGGUGACUGACCUGGAAGCUGAGCGGGAGCAGAAGCAGCGUGACUUUGACCGCAAGCUUCUCCUGGCCAAGUCCAAGAUUGAAAUGGAGGAGACCGACAAGGAGCAGCUGUCAGCAGAGGCCAAGGAGCUGCGCCAGAAGGUCAAGUGUCUGCACGAUCAGCUGAGCCCACUGACCCGGCAGCGGGAUUACCAGGAAAAGGAGAUCCAGCGGCUCAACAAGGCCCUAGAGGAAGCACUGAGCAUCCAGGCCUCCCCAUCGUCUCCAUCAACAUCCUUUGGGAGCCCAGAAGGAGCUGGGGGCCUCCUCAGAAAACAGGAGCUGGUCACGCAGAACGAAUUGCUGAAACAGCAGGUGAAGAUCUUUGAGGAGGACUUCCAGAGAGAGCGCAGUGAUCGAGAGCGUAUGAAUGAGGAAAAGGAAGAGCUGAAGAAGCAGGUAGAGAAACUGCAGGCCCAGGUCACCCUGUCAAACGCCCAGCUAAAAGCAUUCAAAGAUGAAGAGAAGGCGAAAGAAGCCCUCAAACAGCAGAAGAGGAAAGCAAAGGCCUCGGCAGAGCGCUACCACGCAGAGCCCCACCCGGAGCACCUCUGCGGGGCCUACCCCUAUGCCUAUCCGCCCAUGCCAGCCAUGAUGCCACAUCACGGCUAUGAGGAUUGGUCCCAGAUCCGCUACCCCCCGCCCCCCAUGGCUAUGGAGCACCCACCCCCACACCCCAACUCCCGCCUCUACCAUAUGCCAGAAUACACCUGGCGGCCGCCCUAUGGAGGGAUGCGCAAUCAGACCUCCCAAGUGAUGGACUCGCCUGCAGCGAGGCCUGCAGAGCCAGACUCUGCAAAAAAUGACCACAAGGGGCCUCAGUGA